AUGCAAUGUCCGAUAAUGGCAAGUGGACUUGAUAAUGUCGAAAAUCUACCGAAUGAAAUUAGUAAGAUUUUGAAUGAAUUAAAAACAAGUUAUACAACUUUCGAUAGAUGUUCAUUACGAAAAGUCAUAUCAAAUGACAAUCUAACCAGUUUUAAUCAAUAUAAAGAUGAAAUAAUUCAAAGAAAAAUCAAAGAACAAACAUUUAAAAGUCUAUAUCAACAUUUACAAGAUAAUCAAAUUGAUUAUUUUAUUUUAACUCAAAUUGAACAUAAAGAAUUAUUUGAAUUAUUAAAUGAAAUAGAUUCAUUUAUUGAAGAUAAAAUUGAAUUAGAAAAAUAUAAAGAACUUUAUUCCAUAAUAUAA